AUGGCUUCUCUUACACCGGGGACGCUGCAAAAGCUGCUGCAGAAUGUGGGCGAUAAAGACUUCAAGGUCGCCGGCGAACACCGCUCUGCUCUACUACAGGUUAUUGGCAUUGUGCCCUCGCUUGAAGAUGAUCCAUGGAAAAGCAGAGGAUACUUUCUCAGGGUUUCAGAUUCACUGCACUCUGCUUAUGUCUCGGUACCCAAUGAAAACGUAGAACUAAUACUCAACGACAAGAUUCAACUCGGACAGCUCAUCCACGUCGCCAGGCUCGACCCCUCUUCCCCUGUUCCUCUCCUCAGCGGCCUCAGACCAAUCCCCAAGAGACGGCCGUGUGCCGGGAACCCGACCGACUUGAUCUCGAGCGACUUUUUGACUCCUAAGAAAACAGAGGUGAAGGCGAAAUCCCGAGGAAAGUUGAAAAAUGUUGUGGCAAAUGUAGAUGAGGGUGUAAGGAGGCUUUCUUUGGGGAAUGGGCAAGCUGUAGGAGCACAAAGCCGGAGGUUGAGUUUCGACUCCUCCCGAAAAGGAUGGGACGUGAGCCCUCAGUUGGAAAAAGGCGGUCGAGUAGUUAAAAAGGAUAAAUCGAGAGAUAGAUACUCAAACUUGGAAUCUGUAGUUGUCUCUAGUAAGGUCUUCCCUCACGAUUCACAGAGCAAGGAUAUGAUCGUCUCACCAAAGCAUGUGCCGAAGCCUAAAGUGAGAAUCUCUAAACCUUCUGAGAAUGUUAGCUUCCCUAGUGAUUAUAAUAAGGUAACAAUUAGUCCCGGUAAUUGGUCCGACUCAAUCAUGUUGUGGGAUUCACUUCCUUUUGCUAUAUGUGACCUUGGAAAGGAGACAAGAACCUUUAGGAAUGCUGCAUUUGCAUCUGCUGCUCAUGCAUUAGAAGAAGCAUCUAUAUACGACGGCGUCCUUCAGUGUAUGAGUAUGUUUGCAGAACUAUGCGAGUCGUCUUUGAACAGCUCCACCUGCCCAUUACUCGAACAAUUCUUGAACCUUCACGAGAGGAUGACAAAGGCUGCCAAAGUCAUUAGUUUCAUGCGAAACACAAAAACCUCCAAUUCAGACGAAAAUAAUGACUUUAGUUCUCAACAUUCUGUGCCUGACAGUGAUUACCUCACUCCUUUCCAUAAAGCAUCAUUAUGGGUUCAGGCCGCUGUGCAAACCGAUCUUUCAAAAUUCUCCCUUUAUACUAAAGCCCCGGGAGAAAUGCCUAAUUUAAAUUCUGCAAACUGUUACUAUGUCGCGACUGAAAACAACACUCCGGACAAAAUCGUUGCAAGAGAAAAAUCCUCGCACAAUAAAUCGAAUAAAUCUGCUUUGAAACUGAAAGACUCGCCCUCUAAUUCAUCCCAACGCCUUUCUAAUGUGAAAGGGACAGCAAAUGCCGAGCAAGAUAAGUGGUCAAAGGGGUUCGGAUUGAGACAUGCGGAUACUUUAAUACAGAAGCUAAUUUCAUCUUCACGUGCUUGGUUCUUGGACUAUUUGGAAAAUUUUCUAAACAACGGAUUUGGAGUGAAGAAUAAAGACGAAGCUUCGUAUGUUGCUGUGCUUGGGCUGCUUAAGAGGGUUAAUCGGUGGUUGGAUGAGGCUUUUCACGGGGAAGGUAGUGCUGAGGAGAGGAUCCAAAGACUGAGAAAGAAGAUUUAUGGAUUUUUACUUGACCAUGUCGACUCAGCUGUAAAUCGCAGGUAG